AUGCGCCUUACAGUCGAGCUGAUCCAAAACUCCCUCUCCUACAUCAACCCGCUCAAGGAUCGCGAGCUAGAUCUUCGAGGGCACAAGAUCCCCGCUAUUGAGAAUUUGGGUAUUGCAAAGGACCAAGAUGCGAUCGAUUUCACAGAUAACGACAUCUCAUCGCUCGGCAACUUCCCGUUUUUCCCACGCCUGCGAACGCUUCUCCUCGCCAGGAACCGAGUCAGGCAGAUUCAGUCGAACAUUGCGAACUCCGUUCCGAGCUUGUCGACGCUUGUCUUGACGGCGAACAACAUUGCCGAGCUGGCGGAUUUGGAUCCCCUGCGGAAUCUGACGAAACUGACGCAUUUGACUUUGUUGGAGAACCCGGUUACGAGGAAGGAGUACUACCGCCUCUGGAUAAUCUGGCGCAUCCCCAGCAUCCGUUUCCUCGACUACCAGAAAGUAAAAGACGCCGAGCGCGCCAAGGCAGCAGAACUCUUCGGCACAGCGAAGGAGCCAUCCGCACUCGCAUCGAAGAUCCUCGGCGUGAAAUCACGUACCUUUGACGUUCCCUCCGGCGGCGCCGCAGACCAAGCGCCGUCCGAGAAGGGCCUGCGGGUGAAGUUGACCGAUGCCGAGAGAAAGCGGAUUGAGAAGAUGAUCAGGGAGGCGAAGAGUCUGCAGGAGAUCACACGGUUGGAGAGGGAGCUCAAUGAAGGGCGGAUACCGGGGGGUGCGCUUGAUGGGGGGGACGAUGUUCAGAUGCAGAUGUGA